AUGAAAGGAGACAAGCCAUCUAUCACUUUGGAGAAGCUAUUAGACAGCUUUUCAGGACUUGAGUCUUUUGAUGCCCGAGACGGUGUUUAUGCCUUCUUGUCAAUGGCAAGUGAUAUUGACACUGAGGAAUGGUUUCCAGAUUACUCAGACCAAGCUACAACUACGGAGAUCUUUGCCAAACCUACAUUGCAUAUCAUACAACAGACUGGGUCCUUCUCUCUCUCUGUCAGCCACCCUUCCUCCUGGAUCCCGUGGUAUGGCCUUCAGACCAUCGACUUUAUGCCCGAACAUUCACAUCGGUUUCAUGGAUACAAUACAAGGUCCCUAACGACAUUCGGACAGCCCUUAUCCAGACUAAGGCUCGGCCAAGAAGGUUAUCGCCCAAAGCCCUACCCGACAUGCAGUAUUGCUCGAUGGAGAGAGAUGAUCCUCUGUGACGAAUGCCACAGCAAAAUACAAGGCACAGGGUACGAGUGCGUCGACUGCGAGAAACUUGAUUUCUGCUACGAAUGCAUUGGUACGGCCAGCAUCGUGACACCUCAUCACAGCCCGACUCAUCAAUUCAAGGCACACAACAACGCGGUCUACUUCGCCGAAGCAUCCGGGUUUCGUGCCCCCGGGAACUAG